UACAUAUCUCUUUAAUUAUACACGACGUUAAAUAUUGUAACCUUUGUUCCUACCAUAUUUCAUAUGCUCUAUCAAACCAAACAUUUUGGCUACACUUCGUGUCCCCACCAUUGAUCAAUUCCACCAGUGCUCAGUGGAUAAUUAACAACUUCCGAAUAAAAGUGCAUAAACAAAAUAAUCUCAUACAUCUUCGUCUACCUUCUCUCUAUGCAGGUCUAUCACUAUUUGUGAUAAAGUUGAUCACAUUCCUCUAGUCCUCUCUUAGGAGGAGAUAUAAAUAUAGAUUGUCCGUUAUCUUUUGUGUUUUCAAGUGAAAAAUUAGGUUGAUGAUAAUGAUCAUCUCCUCUUCUACCUUAACUUUAAAGCAAUGAAAAUUCUCUGCCAAAAAAAAGCAUAUCUAUAUACAUUAAACAGUGAAAAGGUUUUAGGAAUCUUUUUAGUAGCAGGAAAACCUCGUGAAGAAUACUCUUAUAAGAAAAAUAUACAAAUUAUUCUAUGCUGUCCAAUGAAGCCAAAAAAAAGUAACCUUAGUAGGAUAUACUUCAUUAUAUACAAAAAUUUCCUCAAAUGUUGCAAAAACAUCAAACCUAUGUACAUCUGUUUUGGGCACCUAAACACCUCAAAAAAUGUCUGUACCUUUGAAAGUAUUGCAAAAAAUACUAUGCAAAACAAAAUACAAGAACAAAGAUGAUGUAGACGAAGAAGAAAAUCGCAAUCCUAGCGAUCACGAAGCUAUAAAAAAGUUACGCGAAUUACUUAAACUCCAAUUAGACGAUAGAAACAAUAGUAAUCAGAUAACGGAUGAUCAUACUCUGUUAAGGUUUCUGCACAUGACAGAUUACGACAUCUCGAAAGCUAAAGAUUCAUUUCUGAAUCAUUUAAAAUGGAGGGAAGAAUUUGGGGUCGAAAAAAUUAGUAAAGAGUUCAAUUUCGAUGAAUACGAACAAGUACAAAAGUACUACCCGCAUGGAUUUCAUGGUGUAGAUAGGAGUGGAAAUCCUGUGUAUAUUGAACGUAUGGGGUUGAUUGAUCUUACGACUCUUUUGGAGAAAACAAGCCUCGAAAGAUUGGUGAAACAUCAUGUUUACGAGCAAGAGAAUACUUUGAAUGUGAGGUUUCCUGCGUGCUCGAUUGCUGCAGGGAAACGUAUUGGUUCGACUACUGCUAUUUUAGAUGUUAAAGGGAUUGGUGCAUCAAGUUUUUCUAAGCAAGCAAGGUAUUUGUUAAUGGAGAUUCAGCAUAUUGAUAGCAAUUAUUAUCCAGAUACUCUUAAUAGGCUUUAUGUUGUUAAUGCUGGUUCUGGUUUUCGGCUUUUGUGGAAGGCUCUCAGGACUUCUCUUGAUGCACAUACAGCUAAAAAGAUACAGGUGUUAGGAAGCAAUUACAAAAGUAAACUCAUAGAAGUAAUAGAUCCAAGCAACUUACCAAGUUUCCUUGGAGGAAACUGCACCUGUUCAGAACAAGGUGGGUGCAUGAUAAGUGAUAAAGGGCCAUGGAAUGAUCCAAAAAUAUUAGAAAUUCUUGAGUCUUUAAAAGACAAUAAGAAGAAUGCUUACGAUAAUCAUACAAAUGUAGAAGAAGUAUGGUUAAGUGCUGAAAGCACACCAGAUAAUACACCCUUAUCACUAUCAGAGACAAUUAAACAGAUGAAAAUUACAGUAGAAGAAGCAGAAAGUCGAUUUCGAGCUAUCGAGGUUGCAGUUGCACAAACUAAACAGGUUUUGCAAAGAUUUUCAGAAAAAUGUAAGGAGUUUCAGAUGAAGGCAUUACACUUUGAAAAAUCUGGAACAAUUUGAAUUAUAUUACAGAGUGAUGCAUAUUUUUACUGAUGGUUGAGUUGUAUUUGUCCUGCAGUCAUGCAGGAACAGAUUCAAACAAUAUGGUCUUAGGUUCUUUAUCUGUACUCAUACAACAAUGCCCAUAAUUCAACAACUUUAAUGGAAUCACAAAUUCUGUGACGGUCUCACCGUGGGAGGCGCCUCAUACAUAUAGCACAAUAAUACAAAUUAUUAUUACCAUAGAAACGAGGUGGGAUAGCUUUGAAUCAAACAUAAUAGGGUCCUACACAAUCAACUAACCCCACACAUUUUUUAGAUCGGUGAAUUUUUUAGUUUUAUAUCGAUAUUUUUGAGUUAAAAUUUAUUAUUUUUAGUUGUUUUGUUGUUUGAUUUAAUAUUACAACGUAU